CUAGGCGACCGCCUUCGGCGAACAGCGUCAUCAGUGGUGAACUGACUCGGGAGAAGGAUGGAGGAAGAGGCACGGAAGCUUCUCGAAGAAGGAAUAAGCAAGAAACUGGUCAGUCCUGGAAAAGGAGAUCCGCCGACCUUCCCCAAUGGCACCAAGGUGGUCUUCCACUACCUCACCCGCCUCUGUGAUGGCACAGUGCUGGACGACUCCAGAACCAUGGGGGGGCGCAGCAAACCCAUGGAGCUCAUCCUGGGCAAGAAGUUCAAACUGGCUGUGUGGGAGAGGGUGGUCAUCUCCAUGAGAAAAGGAGAAGUGGCAGAAUUUACGUGUGACACCCAGCACACAUCGCUGUACCCACUCGUGUCCCAGUCCCUGAGGAACAUCAGUGCUGGUAAGGACCCGCUGGAAGGGCAGAGGCACUGCUGCGGCAUCGCCCAGAUCCACUCCCACCACUCUCUGGGGCACAAGGACCUAGACCAGCUUCAGGCCAGUCCACAGCCUCUGGUCUUCUCCAUCGAGCUGCUCGAGGUUCUCACUCCAGGGUCAUUCCAGCUCGACGUGUGGGCAAUGUCAGACACAGAAAAACUCGAGCUUGUGCCUCAGAUCCACGAAGAGGGCAACCUGCUCUUUAAACAAGGUCAAAUAAAGGAGGCUACUGAGAAGUACUACAAUGGCAUCGCCUGCCUCAAAAAUCUACAGAUGAAGGAGCAUCCCGGAGAUGAAGCGUGGGUGAAGUUGGACCUCAUGAUCACACCUCUGCUCCUCAACUUCUGUCAGUGCAAGUUACUCCAAGGGCAGUACUACGAAGUCAUUGAACACUGCUCAUCCUUGGUCUUCAAAUAUGAGGAUAAUCUGAAGGCCUUCUACAAGCGAGCUAAGGCCCAUGCUGCAGUGUGGAACGAGACAGAGGCACGAGCAGACUUUGCUAAGGUGCUGGAGUUGGACCCUUCCCUGGGACCGUCUGUAGCCAAAGAGCUGAGGGCCAUGGAGGAUAGGAUCCGCUCCAAGGAGAAGGAGGAGAAGGGUCGCUACAAAGGCCUAUUCGACCACAACACACCCCCAGCAACUGCCACUACAGGUUGAAUCUGUCAUUGGGUUGAAAACAAGUGGAUGUCUGUGAAUUUCAAGAUGGAGGAGAAACAGUGGACACUGCUGGUGUUUUAGUUGAAUCCAUGAUGCACCCAAGACAAACACUCUUCCACCUUGUCCUCUAUGGUCGCACUCUCACACGGUCAGGUUGUACAUAGAAACAAUGCACCCAUAAUUCAUCAAGGUGCAAUUUGUCUUCCAGCCUUAUUCCUCUGAACUGCCCCUCUUUUGUCUGUAAAUUCAGUUUUCAAUUGGGACAUAUUUACUUUAAUGAAAUUGAAAAGUCCCAUUCUGACCUUGGUUCUGUAACGACCAGCAGCACCAGUCUUUCAGAGCAUUGUGGUCUUGAAUCUAACAAACUAUUUCAAUUACUCACUGAACCUAUCAAAAGAAGUGGCUGACUUGUUCACAGUAAUGUUACCUACGGAUACACCUAGCAACAACCUUCACAGGAUUUCUAGAGAUAUAUUUUUUUUUAAACUUUGAAAUGUCAUUAUUUAGCAAUUUCUAUACCAAACAUCAAUUUGCCACUGUAUUAGAAACAAGUAUCUUAGACACACAGUUAAAUUACUUUACUUUAGCUGUGUGAUAAUUAUUUUAUCCCACUGGCAAACAAAGACAAUUUACAAGUCAAUGCUCUCCUUUUUUUUUUUUUUUUUUGAAAAAGGAACAUGAUUUACUCACGUGAACACCUCUGCCUUGCACUGUCAGAUUGUUUUCUGUCUUGAUCAAUAGAUCCGAACUGGAGGCCAUUAUGUCCUGGGAGAAGCAUCUGGGAAACUGAGCGGUCUGUGACAAUCACUAUGUAACACACGUGGAAUUGAUCUCUUUGCUUUCUCUUGUGUUCUUGUUUCAUAUAUAUAUAUAUAAGAAAUGCUACCAUUAUGUUUUUGUUUUUUUUUCAAUAUAUAUUCAUCAAUAACCCUUGGCAUCUCUUCCACCUGGCCGCUGUACUACGAAGCUCGUUCACUUCCAUCGGGGUAAAUUGCCACGGAACCUUUUUGCUGAGCGGCUCACCAUGUUUUAGGGUCGGGAUAACCAGACAUAGUUUUAUAUUUUCAUCAUUCCCUUUAACUAGGUUUAUCCUAUGAGUUUAAAUAUUUAUUAGGAAUGGGGGAUAGAGUUUACAGAUUUACCUUGUGACAGCCCCAUCCCUCCCCUCUCUCUUUCUCUGAGACUCUGAACAAUCAGCCCUAACCAAAAUGAUGCUACACUGUUACAGUGUCCACGCUCCUUAAAGGGAAGGAUAAGGGCCAUUUAAAACAAUGUCUGGUUGGUUAAGUCAAUCGCUGAUGCCAACAUGUGUGUGUCAAACCAAAGCUCAUUAUAGAGGCUACACAACAUGAUUAAGUGAAACGUGUUGUCUCAUCCAAAAGGCUUCAUCACUUUAGUUCAACAGGUCUUUUAGUAAAGAACAUUUUCAUAUUUCUUGGCCCUGAGUUAUUUAUCUCCUUCCCAUGCUGAAUUAUAUCGUGGUCACACAAUCUUUUUUUCUCAAAUGUAACUUACACAUUCACGCAAUUAAGAGAUUAUUUCCACCAGCUGUUUAUUUUAGUCGGUAUAAUGUGUUUAUUCUACACCUCUUUUUGUAACGUAACAGUUGCUCCUCAUUGUUAAAUAUGCCGCUGCCGGUUAAACGUGUCCAUGUCUGUGAUUGGUCAUGUGCACACGCUCAGAUCUUGAUGAAGCAAACCUGGGUUGACUUGACCAGUUGAUUACCAGCUUCGUGUGACCGCUUAGCCUGACUGCGAUUGUUGGGGGUUAUCCUGGGUAUGGGAACUCACUUCGUAGUACAGGCCCCUGUUCAGAAAGAGCUACGCUUACUGUUCAUGUGAAGCAGUGGGUCAUUAUCUUGAAGUGAGAUGUUAUUGCGGUUGUGAUUAUGUAACUCAAAAUAAAUGUUUAUCCCCAA